UCCCCCCAGAUUCACAGCUCAUCUUCAACCAGAGCAAGAGACACUUGAGCCUCAUACUUGAAUGGACGUCUAGUUAACCACAGUCCCAGAUCUUUUUAGAGUUUUUCUGACAGUGUUUAAAAAAGAUUAUCUCAGGAGUUCACAGAGAUAUCAGUAUUAGGAGAUCAGGGAUUGCUAAAGCUCUGUGCUCUGAGUUAUUCUGGACUCUGGCUCAGAGAAGAACACUUUCAGCUGAAACCAAAACUUACAGAAGCAUGUCUGUCUUGAGCGAAAUCAAUCCAGACGUGAGGAGAAUCAAAAUCUCGGAGCAUGACAUCUUAGACGAACGAGCAGAGCAAAUUCGGACAGAGAUUAGACAGGGUUUGGUAAAGCGUUAUAAAGAUGUUAUUGAUGUCUCUUCUGGAAAUCCUCAUGGAAUGGGAUUGAAACCCCUUACCUUUGUUCGUCAGGUCCUGGCCACCUGCUUCUACCCUCCCCUUGUUCACGAUGAGAGUUUACCCCUGGACGUGAGACAGAGGGCCCAAAGUCUUCUGGCAGAAUGUGAUGGCGAGAGCAUAGGUUCAUAUCCUGCUACAUAUGGAAUGAAACACGUGCGAAGCAGUGUAUCCACAUUCAUCACCAGGAGAGAUGGUGUUGUGUCCGAUCCUGACAACAUCAUUAUCUCGAAUGGUUCCCAGCAUGCUCUAAUACUAAUAUUGAAGCUGUUGGUUCAGGGCCGGGGUUUACAGCAGACAGGGGUCCUCACCCCCGUGCCCUGCUACCGCAGCUUUAACAAGGGUCUCGUCGCUCAAGGUGCGGUCUCGGUGCCGUACUACCUGUGUGAAGAGCAGGGCUGGACGGUGCAGGUGGAGGAGCUGCGGAGAGCCCUCCAGGCUGCUAGGGGGCACUGUAACCCAAUGGUGUUAUAUCUCAUCAAUCCAGGCAAUCCAUCAGGUCAUGUGCAGAGUAAGGCCUCUAUAGAGGAGGUGAUUCGCUUUGCUGCAGAAGAGAGGCUCUUCAUUAUGGCAGAUGAGGUGUACCAGGGCUGUGUGUUUGGGAAGGACAGUGAGUUUUAUUCGUAUAAGAAGGUGUUGUCUGAGAUGGGACCUCCGUACUCCACUAACGUGGAGCUGGCCUCCUUCCACUCCGUCUCCAAAGGAUUCAUGGGAGAGUGUGGUCUACGCUGUGGUUACGUGGAGAUGGUGAACCUUGACCCGCAGGUAAUGCGUUACGCUUACCAGGCCUUCUCCUUUAACGCCCUGGCGUCCGUGCCCGGACAGAUCACCCUGGAUGUGAUGCUUAACCCUCCACAACCUGGAGAUCCUUCAUAUGCUGUCUAUGCUCAAGAGGUCAAGUCAGUUAUGAGUGCAAUUAAGAAUAAUGCACAGAGGAUUAUGGAUGUUGUCAGCGGCUUGCCUGGCAUGACUUGCCAACCCAUAAAUGGAGGGAUCUUUAUGUUCCUGCGCCUGCAUUUAUCCAAGGCUGCGAUUGAACACGCCGAGGAGAAAGAUCUAGAACCUGAUCUGCUGUAUAGCAUGAGGCUGCUGGAGGACACAGGCCUGUGUGUGGCACCUGGAUGCGAACUCAGACAAAAACAGGGCACCCACCACAUCAGGAUCUGUCUGGCAACCCCAGAAGAGAUAAUGGAAGAUGUUCUGCACAGGCUGAAGAGUUUCCACCUUCGCUUCAUAAAAGAGUUCCCCUAAUUUUUCAAUAUAAUAUAUAAUUUGUCUUAUAUAAUAUUCAAAAUUUUCUGAGCUACUGAUUUGGGGGUUUUCACCAUUUUUUUUUUCGAUAACCCACGUAACCUGUUCAUAAGUACUCACACACUGCUCUAUUAAUUCCCAGUAUCAUUCAGUGUUUAAGCACAUGUUAUAUGAUUUCAUGUACGUAGGUAGAUAUCAAAGAAAGUGUUGAAAGAAUAAACAUCAGUCAAUCAUA